AUGGAGGAUUAUCCUCUUUUACCCAAGAGUAUACUGAAAAAUUCAAGAGACUACGGAUUGAAUGGUAGAGCUGCAGAUCUAAGGGCUAGGAGAUCUUCAACUUGGGUUACAGGCGAAGAGGACCUGUAUAUUCAGCAGGCUGUCAUUCUCAUUGAAGAUGCAAUUCAUUAUCGGUCCAUCAAUCAUCGCAUGGAUUUAAGGUCACUAAGAGUUUAUAGAUGGUACUUUUCCAGAAUCUACCAACGGGGAUUGAAUGUAGUCAUUACGGUUAUUCUUGCCCUGGCCUUCAUUGAAAAGCCCUCGUCAAUGUCUGUGACCUCUGACCUUCGUUAUAAACUGAGCCCCUGGGAAGCACCGUGUGGCCUAACUGAAAGUAUUGAGUUAAUUUGCCUUCUCAUCUUUACUCUUGAUCUUACCAUAAAGGUUUAUCUGAUUGACUGGGAAGAGUUCUGGAAGUGCAAAUGGCUGAUGUGCUAUUUGGUGGUCAUCGUAGGCUCUAUUGUUGAUUGGACUUUAUCAUUAAGUGUUGUUUGCAAUGAGGUGAGGCACCAUCUGAGCAUCAGGAAAAUAAUUCGACCAUUCUUUCUCCUUCAAAAUUCCUCGCUGAUGAAGAAAACCUUAAAAUGCAUCAAAAGGACACUUCCAGAAAUAACCAGUGUCAUUUUACUUAUAUUACUUCACCUGUGCCUUUUCACAAUGUUUGGCAUGGUGAUAUUUGCCAGGGGGGAGGAGACAGAGGACAGUGGAGAAUGGGAGAGCUAUUUCAAAGAUUUACCACAGUCUCUCUCAUCCUUAUUGGUUCUUCUUACGACUGCCAACAAUCCAGAUGUGAUGACUCCUGCUUACUCCUCAAACAGGAGCUACUCUCUCUUCUUCAUUCUCUUCAGCAGUAUCGGGACCUACUUCCUAAUGCACCUCCUGACUGCAGCCAUUUAUAACCAGUUCAGAGGAUACUUACUGCUGUCUAUUCAGACCUCUGUAUUGAGGAGAUGCAUGGGAAUCAGAGCAGCCUUUGAACUCCUGAGUGGUCAGAACCUAUCACAGAGCCUCGCCGGAGAUAACACAGUAGAGAGAGCCCAGGUGAAGACAGUGGUGAAGGUACUGAAAAAGGUUGAGAUGAAGGCUUACUACAAACAGGCCAUCAUUAAGAGGGCUCUUCAGUCAUACAGUGGUUUCAUCGAGAGGGAAGCUUUUCAGAAGCUUUUCGAUGAGCUAGACAAGGACAGAAUCAAAGAGCAUCCCCCUGUCCCUGAAUACACCUCGCGGCUCCCUCAGAAGAUCCAGUGUUUCUUCCGUUAUUACUAUGGCACUCAGGUGGGAAAUGCAGUGGCCUUGGUCAACAUCAUCUGUAUCUUUAUUAUUCUUGUGAUGGACUCACACAAGAUCGUGUCUCAGCGGGAUGAAUUUUAUCUUGAGACUAUCAACUGUUUCUUCAUUGUCUACUAUCUGCUGGAGAUGAUUCUGAAAAUAAUCGCGCUGGGCUGGAGAGGCUAUUUGUCUUAUGGAAACAACAUUUUUGAUGGACUCCUCACAGUGUUUUUAGUGGGUCUCCAGAUAUCCAUUUUUGCAACGUACCGAUUACCGUACCCAAACUGGAACCCAGCGCAGAAAGGCCUUCUCUCACUGUGGGAAAUGGCCCGUCUCGUCAACAUGCUCAUCGUUUUCCGUUUCCUGAGGAUCAUUCCUAACAUCAAGCUUAUGGCACUCGCAGCCAGCACACUGGUAGACCUGGUGAAGAACCUCAGAGCAUUUGCCGGAAUCUUAGUGGUGGUUUACUAUGUCUUUGCCAUACUUGGUGUUUGGUUGUUCAGAGGGGCCAUCCCUGCACCUGGUAACAUAAGUGCAAACGUGAACUCAAGCACUAACAGAAUGACUGUCAACCUCUCUGAGAAUUGUGGGACAUAUGAACAGCUUGGCUACUGGGCCAACAACUUUGAUGACUUUGCUUCUGCCCUUGUUCUGCUCUAUAACAUAAUGGUGGUGAAUAACUGGCAGGUUUUUCUGGAGGCCUAUUCCAGAUACACCUCUGAGUGGUCUAAGAUUUACUUCAUCUUUUGGUGGCUGACUUCCUCCGUGCUCUGGGUCAAUUUGUUUGUAGCCUUGAUCUUGGAGAACUUCAUCUAUAAAUGGGACCGAAGUCACGACAGUUCUAUCACUGAGGUGGAAACCACUUUACAGCUCAUGUUCAGAGAACACAUUCAAAAGCCCUCUGAGGAAGAAGUGGUGACCAGACUCCAUGAACAUCCACAUCUUCACCUGACUCUGUGA